AUGGGAAUCAAAAUUCGUAAGCCUUUUUGCCUUAGUUUCAAGGGAGUGCCUACACCUUUAAAGAUGCUUUGUGACAACGUUUCUGGUACUCUCGUGCUUUCCGAGUCUCUUAACAAGUUAAUCAGCUUGGUACGAACCAAAGUGGAUGAAGCGCUCCUCAACACCAUGAUCCGGUUUUAUGAUCCUUUACUGCAUUGCUUUACUUAUAGGGACUUCCAGCUGGUUCCCACACUGGAGAAAUUCUCGUCCAUUUUAGGAUUACCGAUACUUGAUCAGAUGCCUUACACUGGUGAAGAAGAAACUCCUAAGUUGGAAGAUGUUGCUGCUGCGUUGCAUUUGCCUCGAUCAGAAAUAAAAAAGGCUUGGGUGAAUAAAGGAGAAUAUAGUCAUACUGACAUCUUAAUUAAUGGUGCAAGUAUGGAUGCUCUUGAAAAAGUCCUCGCCUGCCUAAUCUAUGGGCAAGUGUUGUUCCCUUGUUAUGACAAAAUUGUGGAUGUGAUUGCCCUUAAGAUCUUCAUUAGUAACAAUCCGGUUCCUACUUUAUUGGGUGACUUGUUGCAUUCCAUCCAUCAUCGAUCAUCUAGAGGCAAAGGUUGGACUUGGGCUCAAAGAAUCAUAAGGCUUUCUUACGACGAUGUUAUUUGGAGUCAAAAAGAGUUUGAAGGAUCUUAUUUGUUUGAUAGUUGUGGAGAUUUCCCGAAUGUACCUCUUCUUGGUACUCGAGGGGGGAUAACUUAUAAUCCUAUUGUGGCUCGACAUCAAUUUGGUUUCGCUCUAAAAGACAAGCCUCGUUCCAUAUAUCUUAGUGCGGAAAAUUUUGAUUAUGAUUCAGACCCUACUGGAAAAAAGAAGCUGUUCAUCAAAGCUUGGUCCAAGGUGAAGAAAGUAGGGGUAAGAGAAUUAGGAUUGAGGAAUCACAUCCCUUCAGAUCUUUAUUUUAAAUGGGUUUAUGAUCGAGUGGUUGAGUAUGGCAUACCAUAUCCAUCUGAUACUCCUAUAGUUCCAAGGAUCACUCCUCCCGUCAUUCAUGUGGAAGUGGAACCUUAUGUACCCGCUCCCGUAGAAGACCUUGCUGCCAUCAUUGCUUGGCUAAGACAAGAAAAAGCUGAUCUCGAAAAGCGCCUACAUGAAGUGGAAGCAGAAAAAGCAGUAAUGGCGGCCAAUGCCAAAGAGCGUGAUAGCAUGCUUGACUAUUUCUCCCGCAAGUGGAAGAUUGAUGACUUCGUUUCUCCAGAUCAGAUACAAUCUUGGGAACAAGAGAUCGAUAGGCUUGUCCAAGAGAGAAACGAGAUGAUUAAAGCUCACAAGGAAGAGAUCCGAAGUUUAAAUAGAAAGCUUCGACUUGGAGACUGA